AUGUCGGUGACUCGGCCGACACCGACUCAGAAACAACCAGCAAUUCAACAGCGGAGAGUUGUUAUAGAAAACAAGCACGGGGAGAAGCUUGUGGGGAUAUUACAUGAUACGGGUUCAAAGGAGCUCGUUGUGCUGUGCCAUGGCAUACAUUCUUCAAAGGAACGCAUACCUAUGGUGAACCUUGCUGCUGCCUUACAAAGAGAAGGAAUAAGUGCUUUCCGCUUUGACUUUGCUGGAAAUGGGGAAAGUGAAGGUUCGUUUCGAUAUGGUCACUAUCGGAGAGAAGCAGAUGAUCUACGAGCUGUAGUUCAACACUUUCGUGUGCAGAAUUAUGUAGUAACUGCAGUUGUUGGGCACAGUAAAGGAGGAAAUGCAGUGCUCUUGUAUGCUGCAAAAUAUAAUGAUGUUCAUAAGGUUGUAAAUAUUGCUGGUCGAUUUAAUCUGGAAAGAGGCAUUGAAGGUCGCUUAGGUAAAGAUUUUCUACGAAGAAUCAAGCAAGAUGGAUUUAUUGAUUUUAAGAACAAAAGAGGGAUCUUUGAGUAUCGUGUGACCGAAGAAAGUUUGAUGGAGCGUCUAACGACUGAUAUGCCUGCAGCCUGCCGAUCAAUUAACCAGAAUUGCAGGGUUUUGACAGUUCAUGGAUCAAUGGAUAAGACGGUUCCUGUCGAAGAUGCUUUUGAUUUUAACAAGAUCAUACCAAAUCAUAAAGUGUCCAUUGUAGAAGGAGCUGAUCAUGAACACACUUCACAUCAAAAUGAGCUGGCUUCAAUCGUGUUGGACUUCAUUAAGGAGGAUUUUCUCCAGGACAAAUUUAUCCAUUCACGAUUUUGA